AGUCAGACUGUGGGAAGUAAACACAGCUGCUAAUGUCACCUGUGAGGCAGCCCACCAACCCCGCUACUUGAACCAUGGACAGCAAGGAUAAGGACCACAUCUUGAGCCUGAAAGUGAUGCGGCUCACCAGACCCUCCCUCUUCACGGGUCUGUCUGUUGGCUGUGAUGCGCGGGACUUGCCUGGAGAACACCUCAAUGCUGAUGUGCGGGCUGACAUUGCCAUUCCUCAGGGGCUGCCCAACACUGGCGUGGGACACAUGCUGCUCCUGCCUCAGAGCUUUGGGAAUAUAUACUUGGGUGAGACAUUUUCCUGCUGCCUAUGUGUUCAUAAUGAUGGGAAGGACACAGUGCGGGAAGUGUCCAUCAAGGCUGUGCUGCAGAUGAGCAACCAGCGAGUGCCCCUACUGGGGGAGGACGACAAUGAGAUGCUGCACCAGUUGGAGGGCAAUGAGACCAUCAAUGAGGUCAUCCAGCAUGAAGUGAAGGACAUUGGUACUCACAUACUGGUGUGUGCUGUGAGUUACCUGUCAGCCUCGGGGGAUCGGCUUAACUUCCGCAAGUUCUUCAAGUUCCAGGUGAUGAAGCCUCUUGAUGUGAAGACCAAGUUUUACAAUGCUGAGUCAGAUGAAGUGUACCUGGAGGCUGGGGUGCAAAACAUCACCUCGGGACCACUCUGCUUGGAGAAGGUGGAGUUGGAGCCAUCGCCUUACUUCUCAGUAACACCAAUGAACAAAGUUUUACCAGAUUCCAACACACUGGUAUUUGGGAGAAUGAAUGUUGUAAACCCACAUGACACAAGACAGUACCUGUACUGCCUCAAGCCGAGGGCGGAGGCGCGCUCCAACCCUGCAGCACUGCGGCAGGCAACUUCCAUUGGCAAGCUGGACAUUGUGUGGCGCACCAACAUGGGUGAUCGAGGCAGACUCCAGACCAGCCAGCUACAGAGGAUGACGCCUCAGUAUGGGGACGUGAGGGUGACAGUGGAGCGCAUCCCCAGUGUGGUGAGGCUAGAGGAACAGUUUGAAGUCUGCCUCUCCAUUACUAAUAUAUGUGAGCGAACCCUAGAGCUACACCUGGAGUUCCUGGGUGGUGGUGGAGGUUCUGUGUGGAGUGGAGUCAGCAGUCGGUCACUUCCUUCCCUCCAGCCCGGGCAGUCAGUCAGCCUGAGUCUACCCUUGGUGCCCCUGCAGACUGGACUUCAGACCAUUGCUGGGAUCCGCCUGACAGACACCUUCCUGAAGCGAGCCUACAACUAUGAGAAUCUUGCCCAAGUGUUCAUAACCAACGAGAAGUCCAAGGAGCAAGAGGAAUUCUUCUCCAAAUGGGUGAAUGACUCCACCUAAUAGCAUCUGUGUGGGGGCCUUCUGGUGCUCCCAAGGCCUCCCUCCCUCCUUCCCAUGCCAUGUAUAUUGUUUAUCUGUAUGUACUGUAUGUAAAAUGUUGGAGUAAACAUAUCCAUUCCUUGUUGACAAUAAUG